GCAAAAUCCAAUAUCAACCCGUCGCUCCCCAGCGCAAGCUGGAUAAUCACAACUCCAACCAUGGCAGCCGACGCAAUGGAUCUCGACUCAAACCCACCCACCACAAUUGACCUCCCCGAGCGCAAGCGCAAGCACAAGUCACAAGACUCGACCUCCACCAAGAAGCGCAAGUCCGAUGAGAAGAAGAGCAAGAGCAAGUCUGCCUCCAGCUCCAAGAGCAAGAAUGCUGGGACGAAGCAGACACAGACGAUCCCGGACUCGCCAUACUCCUUGAUCACUGCAACGCUUUAUCUCCCCCUGUCGCCUAUCUCUAUUUCUCCGACUCAUGCGCUUGCUUCGCUGCUGGCCGAGCACCUUUCCCCUCUCCUCUUAACCUACUACCCGCCGUUAAAGGGUAUCGUCCUUGCGUACUCGAACGCUUCGAUAUCGUCCACCCCACCAAGCACCUCGUCAGCGCAGUCGCAAGACCCUAGCCCGCAGCCAUUGACCCUCGCGACAUCCGCGAACGAAUACGGUGUCCUCUACGUCUAUCUGACAGCCACAUUCCUCGUCUUCAGGCCGCAGCGCGGCCAGAUCCUUGAAGGCUGGGUGAACGUGCAGUCCGAAGGCUUCCUAGGCGCAGUAGUCCUAAACCUAUUCUCCGUGGGCAUCGAGCGGAAACGCCUCCCCACAACCUGGAAAUGGAUCCCCCCAGGCGAGGAAGCCCCCACAGCCAACAAAACAGACGAUGAAAGCGACACCGACUCCGCAGCGAAGGACUUCGAUCCUGAAAAGGAACACUUCACACCUGUUUCCCUCGCCUCGGACGCAAACCCGCUCUCGGAAACAACGCCUAACCCUGUCCCUGAAGGCCAAGAAGAAGGUGAGGAUGAGUCUGCGGAAGGAUACUUCCAGUCAGUUUCCGGCCACCGCGUCCGCGGAACCGUUCGUUUCCGUGUUCUUGAUGUCGAUGUUAUCCCUGGUACAGACCGUGAGCGCGGGUUUAUGAGUAUCGAGGGGAGCAUGCUUUCGCGCGAGGAGGAGGAGAGGGUUGUUGAGGAUGAGAAGAAUGGGAUUUUGAGCACUGCGACGCCGAGAAGGCCGGCUGCUAGUGCGAUUACUAUGUCUGGGGCGUUACCGAUUGCGCCUGCGACUGCGACUGUGACGGUUGAUGAGCCUAAGGUCGAGGAACAGGAACAAGAACAGGAGCAGGAACCUGAGCCUGCUGUGGAGACGCCUAGUAAGCCAAAGGGGAAGAAGAGCAAGUCGGAUGAUAAGGAGACGAACGAGAAGAAGGAGAAAAAGUCCAAGUCCAAGUCGGACGACAAGGAGAAGAAAGAGAAGAAGUCGAAGUCGAAGAAGGUGAAGGAGGAGAAAUGAAUUUUAACUACCUGAUCUUGUGUAUACUGCCAUAUACUACUACACUACUGUAUAUUUGAUUUUGGGCGUUAGGGCAAUCAAAACAUCAGACCAUAACACAUUGCAUAUAUUCAUUAUUACGAAGUACUCACGAACUAUCCAUUACCAAAGGGAAAGAGAAAGAAGCUAAAUCUUAACACUCUCCGGCACCCCAACCCUCAAAACAUCCACACCCCCCUCAAUCUCCCCCUUACUCGGCAUCCCCCCCCUCCUCAUCAACUCCGCACUCUUCGCCAUAACCGGAUCCAUCGCCAUACUAGCAACCGCAACAACCGUCUCCCCCAGACAAUAAUACGCCGCAAACUUCGCAUUCUCCGGCUCCCCCUUCAACACCACCCCAUCCCACCCCUUAGGCGUAUUCCCGCAGUACCGUAGCUGCGCGCCCAGCGCGGACCAGAAUAUGGGGAUGAAGGUUUUGGGUUUAAGGGUUUUGA